GUCAAAAAUUACCGUGCCUCGACUAUCUCCCUCGCAUGCAGGUUCAUGAACCCAGCGCCUGAGUUUCGGAUUACAAACUUGGUGGAUAAGUGGCAGUACACGGCCUGGCUCACCUUCACGGAUUCCACUGGGCACCAAUGCGUUGGUCAGUACUGCCACCCGGAUUCACCGCGGCCCGGUUUUUGGUUGAAGGGCCGGGUGCUGUCGUUUUCCAACCUCAAGCUCUUCUCCAACGAGAACAACAUCCCGAACCCGCCUCCGAUCAGUCUGAGGGGUUACCGCGCUUACCGUAUCCAAGUGAAUGUUGGGAUUGUGGACGAUUACGGACACAUCGUCAGCGCAUCGGUCGUCCGGCAAUCUGUUGGUGCCCGCUUCAUUGCCGUCACAAGUUGAAAUUCUAGUCUCAAGCCUCGAGUCAAGAAAGGGUUCAAGACUGAGGCACACUAAGCAAAGCCUCCCUCUGAUGCUGUGAACUCAGUGCGGGGUAUUUUACCAAAGCUCUAGCUAACAGACGAUGCUUCUUUCUGCUGAAAACUAUGGUUUGCUUUAGAAAAGUGGUUUUUACAAUAGAUGUACUUAUCCAAAUUUCACUUGCACGAAUUUAUGACCAUAACCGGAAAUUGCAAUGUACACUUACCUUACCAGGUUAUCAUGGAGCAUUUAAGAAAGAA